AUGGAUAACCGCAUACGAUCAAUAUCAAUUUCCAGUCUUAAACACGAUCCCGAAGAUGUCCCGCUUGUGGAAUCAGGUCGCUCGCCGUCCUGGCUCUUGAGCGAAACCCUACAAAACUUCUCCAUCAAAGAUAAAGAUGCUCCCGAUAACUUCAACCAAAUCAUCAUCGAUAACAGUAACAGACUUGUCGAAUUGUUUACACAAUAUCCCAGCAUCAAGGACGACUUGAUGCUCCAAACAAUCAUCAACAAGAUCAAUUUCAUGUUCUAUAGCGAUGUGCCGCAAAUCAAGGCCUGUGGAUACAAGAUCUUGAAGUACUGUAUUGCCAACGAAGACUCCCUAUACAUAUUGGUGCAAAACAGAAUUCUUAUUUAUUUGAUCAUUACCCUCUCCACCGACCUGUCGUCGGACUUGGAAAAGAUAUACGCCAUCAAGUUGAUAUACAGGUUUUUGGAGGUGGAAAAAGGCUCCAGUUAUUUGUCAAUGGGGGUUAUCAAGGCCCUAAUGCAUUUGCUCGAUGACGAUUUGUUCAUCAUCAGCAACGAUCUCAAGCAUUUGAUCAUGGAACUCAUGUUGGAGGUGUCAGUGCAAAACCCCCAGCUCAUCUUUCAUGCUGGGGGAUUCAACGUACUUAUUCGGAUCUUGAGCAGCAGCUCUAAUAUUGUCAUUCUGAUGAAUUGUUUGAUUAUCAUCAUCAAGUUGCUCGAAAUCGACGAGUUCAGGCAGUUUUUCCGGAACGGUUAUAAUCUCAACAGCUUACUCUCGUUAUUCGAUGAAGAGCUGUUGGGACAGGCUACUCGGCAGAAGAUCCAAAAAUUCCAGAAGGUCUCAUUUUUGUUGACGAUAUUCUUAAAAAACUGGAAUGGGUUGAUCUGUUGCUCUUUGAAUAACUUCCAGGUACUAGGAAACCUCAUCAACCAUUUGGACGGUACAGAUACCAAGUUGAAAGAGUUUGUGCUCGAUAUUUUGUUGGAUGUCUUGGGUGUGAAAUCGCUUCUGUGGUUGAAGAAUUCGGCCAUAGGCGAACUUCUUGUGAAAUUCAAUCCCAAGGCGACCUUCAUCUAUGAUUCUUCUGAAGAUGACUCAAAUGAAAGUGACACCCAUAUAAUUGCCCAUUAUAUGAACCAUUACAAAGGUUUGUUAACAUUUGUUCUCAUCAAACUAAACUUAGUCGAGCGUUUGAUAACAAACUUGGACACUGCCCUUAAUGACAAGGUAAUUUUACUUUUGUCUAACUUGUUCAAGUUCAGCAAGAUGUACCUUCCCCCAGAUUUGAAUUUGGACUUUUCAAACAAAAUCACCCUCAACUCGUUGAUUAAAAUCAGCAAUUACAACUUGAACUCCGAUUAUCAAAACACCAGAAUUCCAGCAAAAAUGUUAAACUUAACCCCUUGUAUUCCUAAAGUCGAAGAAGCAGACUUUAAGGGUAUCAUUAAUGGUACAAAGGUAUUGACAAUAAAAGAAUUUGGGAGUUGGGACUGGGACUUGAUUCUUUUAGUGUUUGAAGGACCCAUGACUAACGAAAAAAAGUUUGUGGACAUCAUGGAUAAGCAACCCAAAUUUUUCAAACGUCUAUUGAGUUUCUACAGACCUUUCAAGUUCCGGUUUUGCAACUUGACAAUAAAAACAAAAGAUCACAGAAAAAUCUUGUUGGUUGGUACCUUAAUCUUUGAAAUUUUGACAAGGUUCUCGAAUGGAUUAAAGUAUCUUUACAAAAACAAGAUCAUGAUUCAAAUUUCUGAGAUCUUUGCCCAAAUCGACCCUUUAAGUGGGAUUGUAGCGAGAAACCCAAUAUUAAGCGAGAAGAACUUAUUGCAAACAUUAAACAUAGGAUACUUGAAGUUCGUGGGUAAACUCAGUGAAUCUGAGAAUGGCCUUAAAUUACUUAAUCAGUGGCAGUUCUUCCAGAUUAUUGAUAAUAUCAUCGAAACUAGUGCAGAAUCUAAGGCCAACAAUUUCUUUGUUUCGUCAUUGUUUAGAUACUUGAAAUUUGACACAUACGUGACGAAGAACUUGGUGUUCAAAGUGUUAGCUGUGUCCAAUCGGCAACUCAAGAUGAAAGUUAUUGAGUUUCUUCCGACUUAUAACUUGGGCACUUCCGCCACUUUGAAGCUUAUAUGUUUCAAUAUGUACCAGAAGGAAUUUUCAGAGAGUCUAGUUAACUACCUUUAUGAGUUUUAUUCAAAGGAUAAGGACUCGAACAUAUUAAGGCUGACAUUAAAGUUCAACCCAUCUAUCUCCAUACUCUCCAAAUUUCCCAAAGGAGAGGCAUUGCUCAACGAAUUUCUAUUAAUUCCAGAAGGGUUUACAUAUUUAUCCAAAUUCGACUACGUCAACACCCACUUCAACUCAUGGCUUAAUGACAAGCAAUCGUUCAAAAUUGUCCAGUUUUAUGAAUAUAAGUUGAAUAAGAAGAUGCUCCCUUAUUUCAAUGUCAUUGAACCAGUGGAAUACAAAUUCUUCUUGAAAAACUUGUUGGACACCAGAGAAGGGUUGAACUUCUUCCAGUCGUAUAACUUUGAAACAAACUUCAUUGAAGAAUUCACGAAGCUGAUUCAGACAUGUCUUGACAGAGUCCUUAGGAAGGACACGUUAACUGAUACCGAACUUAGAGAGUUGAAGCAAAACUUAUGGAUUCUCGGGGAGAUAAACACCUCCAAUUUUGGUAUUCAGUUAAUCCCAUGGGAGUUUUUCGAAAACUUUGUUGAAUCGUUCAUUAAGUGUGAUAACUGGGUCAUCAAAGGGAUGUUGUUUUAUCAGAUUGGAAUGCUUUCGUUGAAUAGUGAAGGAAUCGAAGUUUUGGAUGAAUCCAACUGGGUCAUUAAGUACAAUAAGUUCAACAAAUUUGCCAACUUCAGCUACCCCAAAGACUUAAGCUUGAACCUCUUUAACAACACAUUCACAUCCACUAGGUUUAGCAAACCAGACAAGUACCAGUUCCACAGUACAGAUGAUCUUUCGGAGGAGGAAGCACUUGUGGUUGAGCUCAUCUUCAAGUUCCCAUCGGACUUGGUCAAAUUCAAACAACCUGUCAAAGAAUUGAUGUAUCUCAAGAAGAACCACUCAUACUUAUUUACAUAUGAGCUUUUCAUGAAGUUGAUCAAGCUAAUUGACAACUCCAGUUUCAACUUCAAGAAACGCAACUUUAUCUUCAAUCUUUUCAUGGAAGAUACAAACUUAUUGGAGCUUUUGAGCAAGAAAAAGAAAUAG